UAUAAAGUCAACGAUGGCUUCCUCGUUGUAUAAUCACUAUUUGAUGAAAAUUUUAUCUAAAGAGAAAAAUAAUCCGCAUCUAUACAAUGAUUUUGCAUACUUGAUGUCUUCGUGCGGACAAUUGGUGAGCGCUGACGUGCCCUCAGCACUAAGACAGUUGGCUCAGGCUAUUGAAAAUCCACAAGAAUUUAGGGCUCUAUCGGAUGAGAAGGCUUUGGAGUAUUUAAAACACAAUUCCAAUCAAAGCGGUCAACAAUUCCGAGCCUUCAUCGCAGAACACGGCCACAGAGGGUAUAAGGAGUUCGAGCCGUUAUGCAAACCCUGGAAAUACAAUGCCAUUCCUCUCAUACAAUCGCUCAAAACAAUGCUUACGGGCGACGCAUCCACUUAUAAGACAACUGAAAAGGUUUCGGUCACUAAAAUUGUCGAUUCCUUGAAAACUCCGUUAAGUUUUCAGAGAAAAUUUCUUUUAAAACAAAUCGUUUUACCGCUCGCGAGAAGAGCUGUAGCCAUGAGAGAGUCCACCAAAUCAGCGAUGAUUUACGGCUGGGAUUUGAGUCGUCUCCGCGACACCAGAAACCGGCUGUCUUACGUGAGGCUUCCUGAGUAA